GCCUGACACUAGAUAACGGGGGGGAUCCAGGCAGCCCCGGGGAGAGGGAGGCAAUGCCAGUACGCGGGCCCGAGGUCGUUGGGCAACCGGUGGACACGUAUUGCAUGCCUCAGGCGAGAUGAGCAGCGCUAAGGGCGGCGUCAAUCCCCUGGGCUUUGGCUAUGUCCUGAUCAAGUGUCCACCCAUCCGUGGGAGAGGCUCCCCGCCCUCGGCCUGCCCAGCUUCUGACUCACCCGACUGGUGGCCACAUAACUGAAAUCCUACACUCCAACCUCAGCUCCACCCCUCUGGCGAUUGCCGGGAAGCCUAAAGCUUACAGAGGGUUGCUAGAGGGGGCCCUGGAACUAGGACUGCCAGGAAUUGCUGAUAGUAGCCGUGCCCUCUCCCAGGUCUCUACUUCUCUUAGCCAGGUGGGUGCGGAAGUUAUGAGGCCUGAGGUCCUCCUCAGUGCCCCAGAACAGCCAUGACUCCAAAGCGCAAAGCCCCUGCACAGCAUGAGGGCCCUGAGAAGAAGAAGGGGCGCCAGGGGACAGAGGAUGACAACUUCCGCUCCACUGCAGAGGCCCUCAGGGCUGCACCCACAGAGAAGUGCAUAGUCCGAGUGGACCCUGCAUGCCCACUCAGUGGCAGCCCGGGGACCCAGGUGCAUGAAGACUACAACUGUACCCUGAACCAGACCAACAUCGGGAACAACAACAACAAGUUCUACAUCAUCCAGCUGCUGGAAGCGGGUGACCGCUUUGUCUGCUGGAACCGCUGGGGCCGUGUGGGAGAGGUGGGCCAGUCAAAGCUCAACUACUUCGUGUUACUGGAGGAUGCAAAGAAGGACUUUGAGAAGAAAUUUCGAGACAAGACCAAGAACAGCUGGGCGGAGAGGGACCGCUUUGUGGCCCAUCCCGGCAAGUACACACUUAUCGAAGUACAAGGAGAGGAGGAAACCCAGGAAGCCGUGGUGAAGGUGGACGGAGGCCCACUGAGGACCGUGGUCCAGCAGGUGCAGCCCUGCUCCCUGGAUACAGCCACACAGAAGCUCAUCACCAAUAUCUUCAGCAAGGACAUGUUCAAUAAUGCUAUGGCCCUCAUGAACCUGGAUGUGAAGAAGAUGCCCCUGGGAAAAUUGAGCAAGCAGCAGAUUGCACGGGGCUUCGAGGCUUUAGAGGCACUGGAGGUGGCCCUGAAAACCCCCUCAGAUGGUGGCCUCAACCUGGAGGAGCUGUCUUCCCGCUUCUACACUGUCAUUCCCCACAACUUUGGCCGCAGCCGGCCCCCGCCCAUCAACUCCCCUGAGCUUCUGCAGGCCAAGAAGGACAUGCUGCUGGUGCUGGCAGACAUCGAGCUGGCCCAGACCCUACAGGCAGCUCCUGAGGAGAAGAAGGUGGAGGAGGUGCCACACCCACUGGACCGAGAUUACCAGCUCCUCAAGUGCCAGCUUCAGCUGCUAGACCCAGAGGCACCUGAUUACAAGGUGAUUCAUACCUACUUAAAACAUACGGGCAACAACUACAGGUGCCCUGCUCUUCAACAUGUUUGGAAAGUGAACCGAGAAGGAGAGGGAGAUAGGUUCCAGGCCCACUCCAAGCUGGGUAAUCGGAGGUUACUGUGGCAUGGCACCAACGUGGCUGUGGUGGCCGCCAUCCUCACCAGCGGGCUCCGCAUCAUGCCACAUUCUGGUGGCCGUGUUGGCAAGGGCAUCUACUUCGCCUCAGAAAACAGCAAGUCAGCUGGCUAUGUUACUGGCAUGCGCUGUGGGGCCCACCACAUCGGCUACAUGUUCCUGAGUGAGGUGGCACUGGGCAGAGAACACCACAUCACCAUUGAUGAGCCUAGCUUAAAGCAGCCACCCCCUGGCUUCGACAGUGUCAUCGCCCGAGGCCACACAGAACCUGAUCCGACCCAGGACACCGAGCUGGAGCUGGAUGGCCAGAAAGUUGUGGUACCCCAGGGCCCGCCCAUGCCCUGCCCGGAGUUCAGCAGCUCCAGCUUCUUGCAGAGCGAGUAUCUCAUCUACCAGGAGAGCCAGUGCCGCCUGCGCUACCUGCUGGAGGUUCGCCUCUAAGCUGUCCGCCUGCCUCCCGGGGCCCUGCUGGGGGCUGGACCGUCAUCCUCAAUCUUCCUGCCCAUCCCUGGUGCCCCCAUAUCACUCCUUCCUGCUCCCAGAUCUCCCUCUGUCCCAGACAGUGAUCCCUCCUCCCUCCAAUCCUUGUUAGCCCUGGCAUGGCUAACUCCCAGUCUCGCUCCCCUCCUAAGGUGAUGGGCACAAUCAACUGGCGUUAUUACUGGGAUACAGAUACAAAAGCCUAUUCAAGGCUGUGUAGUUAGCGGGACACAGGCUGAGGGUGGGCGGCAUCCCCCAUCCACCCAGGCCAUCCACACCGUCCAUCCGAGAGAUGUGAUCACCAAGGUAGGCUGAACUUCAGGCAUGCACAGACAAGUUUAUUAAACAUUGUAUUCACUCACCUCCCAGCCUCUGCUUAUCUGUGCUGCAGCUGCACCAGGCCUGGGCCUCCUUUCUCCCAACGGUGACCCACCACACCACACGGCAGCUCCAGCCCCACUCCAAGGAGCGAGCACUCGCAAGGGUUGAUGUGGGUCACCCACACCCCCCACCCACCCUGGCCGAUCUACAUCCAUCACUAAAACAACUGGCCUCCUCUGAACACUGGGCCUGCAGAGGGGACCCUCACCAUCGACUCAGAACUGUUGGUCAUUUGGGGAUCCACCUGGUGAUUCUGUCCUUUAGCCCAGACAUGGCCAGGCUACGCAAGUAUUGCUUAUGUCUUGGCGCCAGACAUCCAUAUGUGUCUUAUAUCUGAGGAUUAUAGACAGGUUGAGCGUGUAUCUGAGGGCCACAGUUCUGCAAUCAGGAAAGGAAUGCCAGUUAUCACCCCAGGUCACCCCACCCACGAACGAGGGGUGCAGGCACUAGAGAGAGGGCCAGGACCCAGUCCAGGGUCACAUGCUGCAUGUACUCGUCACGUCUCUUUAGUCUCCUUUAAUCUAAAACCAUUCCUCAGCCAUUUUUUUUCAUUCCUAACUUUGACAUUCUUGACACUCCUGAAGAGGACAGGCCAGUUGUUUUCUAGAAUCUCUCUCAAUUUGGGUUUCUCUGAUGUUUUGUCAUGAAUAGAUUCAGGUAUGCAGUUUUGGCAGGAACAUAUAUAAAUGAUGUGUCCUCAGUGCAUUGUCAGGAGGGACAUAUCCCACUCUUGGUGAUGUUAACUUUGAUUGCUUAAGGUGGUGUCCACCAGGUUUUGCCACUGGAACGUUACUGUUUCUCCCGUUUGUAAUUAAUCAGCAAUCUGUGGGAAAAAUACUUGGAGGUGUAAAUGUCUCAUUCCUCAUUGACUUUCACCCACUGGCUUUAACAUCCAUUGAUGAUUUUUACCUGAAAUCGUUGACUUGAAUCGAUUUUUGCUAAGAUGGUUGCAAAUGAUAGUUAUCUAAUUCCAUCGUUUCUUUUAUAUUUAUUAAUUAUUCUUCUAUAUCAGUAUGGAUUUGUGGAUUCUUAUUUUAUGCAAUGGGUUAUAAUCCAUUACUGCCAUUAUUUUGAUACUCAAACUGUCCCAGAUAUGGCCAGCAGAAGGCCCUUCAAGCUGACCCCUGUGUCUACAUAAUUUUUUGAGCACUUCCUUACUUUCUGACAUCACAAGAUGUUCCAGGCUCAUCUCACACAAACCUGGAAUCAGCCAUUUCUCCAAGGGCUCUGGUUCCCUAGAGCAGGAAAUAGUAUUUAGAAUCUAAGAUCUGGGCGGUAGAUAUGCUCCUUGGUAGUGGGGUGUCACUGCAUUUAAGUCUUUGUAGCAAAAAGAGCUAGGAAAUACGUGUAUGUAAAUAAAUAAUCUAUAUCCAUUUCUCCAACUCCAGUCCAAUACCACAGGGUUCUUCCAUUCUACCCCAGAUCCAUAUUUAUACCUCCCUUCUCUAAUGGGACCUUGGUUUUCAUCAACAUCAAUGUAUUUACUUAUUCGUUCAAUCCCACACAAAAAGGAAUUUCAGAAUUGCUACAUCCAUACCAUUAUAAAAAACAAACGUUCUAAGCAGAACUCAAGAUUUAUUGAAUCUUAUUCAAGAUUAUCUUUUUAUCUGUAGACUGAGGAUCAGUGGUCAACGGUGUGAACACAGGUUCAAAUGUUACUUGGGUUGGUUAUUUCACUUCAGUGCAGUUACGUUAUUCAUUUGAAAUACAGGUAGGUUUAUUUAUUUCUGUUUAUAUUCACUUUUAGGGGCUUUUCCUCAUCUCCAUUGAUUUCUUUUUUCCAAUAAUUAGACCAUUAACAUAGUUCCAAAAAGUCCAAUCUAUACAAAAAUGUGUGCUCAGAAGAAUGUUCUUCUCCUAGCCCUUUCACCCCAUUCCCACCCACUUGCUGUAAUUUCUGGUUUAUCCUUCCUGCAUUUCUUUUUGAAAAUUAAAAAAAUAAACUACAAAA